AUGAGUUUUCUGCUUUCUCAACCUUUAGGUUCUUCAGAUGAAACUCAUAUCAACUAUAAAAAUAUCAAAAAUACCCAAAAUCCAUUUAAAAGUGCAUUUUUUGAAGUAUUCAUCUAUUCCUACAGCACAGGUCGUAAAGGAAAAAAGAUUUCUUUUACUAAGCAGAUUGUUUUUGUAGUUAUGAACAUUAUAUUUUGUUUGCAGACAAUCAGUUUUUUAUGAAGUCCAGAACUAUCAAUAAAGCAUUGAAAUAAGACUUAUUGGAUUUGAGAGAAUUUAGGCUACACUAGAUUUGAUAAUUUUUGUGCUACUGUAGAUAUAUCUAUAACUUGCUUAGGAUUUUCAGGUAUUUUUCUGCUUUUCUGCAUAGCUGAAGUAUUGGCUCUUACAAUACUUUUUUAUCUUAAAAUAGCAAUUCCUCAAAGAUUCGCAUUUAUUCCCAGAUUUACCCUAUCAAUUUUAUGCAGUAUAUUUCAAAUACCAAUUGUAGCAUUAUUUAUGAUUACAUUGAAAUAUAACUUGUUUACCUAUCAAAAUAUAAAAGAGUAUCAUGAUAACAACAGCACUGACAAGCUAAAAAUCAGUUCGAGCUUCAUAAUACCUAUUAUAUUACUUCUUGCCGCUAAUUUUAUUAUUGCUAUAUGUAAAAUAAUGUUUUCAGGCGAAAUCAGACAUAAAUACGCAGAAUUUAAUAUUUCUGCACGCUCUCACUCAGAAUACCAAAAAUUGAUUAUAAUUCAAAAUUAUUUCCUGAUAUUUUUAUACGUUACCUUACAGAACGACCACUUUAUUUAUUUUCAAAUUAUUUUUUUGUUAGUCUCUUUUCAAUUUUUUCUUAUAAUUUACCGUAAAGCUCCAUACUACUCUAGAUUUGCAAAAUUUGUGAUAUCGUGCCAAUAUUUAUCAAAUUGCCUUGUGAGCUCUUUUUUUUUACUCGGAUACCUAAUUGACGACCCUCAUUCUAUAUAUUUAAUGUCAAUAAUCCUAACCCCGCUAGGAAUACUAUUACUUGGCCAUUUUUAUAUAAAUUCAAGAACAAAAAAACAAGAUUUAAAAUGAUUUCUCGCUAAAAAUCGAACCCUAAAUCCUUUUGAUUUUGAAAUUCAUAUGAGGAAAUUUCUAUUAAAUCCUACUGACAAGAAUAUUGACGAUAUUAUCAAAAUAUUUGCAAUUAGUUAUUUAAAAACUAAAAUUUGGAAAAAUAAAAUUUUCAUUAUAUGAGAAGCAAAUUUUUGUUUUUUUACAAUGGAAGACCCAAGCUUGGCCAAAUUUAAACUCUCUAAAGCCCUUUAUGCAGAUUCAAGCAUAGAAGGGGAUUUUCGUGUCCAUCAGUGUUUAAUAUGGUUUUCAGAAAAUGACAAGUUAAAUGAUUAGAUUAGAUUAAAAUACUAGGAGGCUACAGGGAUUAUUUUAGCCCUUAGCCCCCCACGGAUUGCAUCACACUGGUGUUAAGCGAUAUCCUUACACCUGCCUUUUUGCUCCUGAUGUCACCAAAAAAUGGUGAUAUAGGAAGUCUCUUUGGAGGAUCGCCCUCCAGUUUUCCUUAGUUCAAUCAAUGACAAAACUCCCUAAACCUCCUUCACGGCUCUUAGUAUGAGUGAGCUACCCUUGCCUCCUCUAUGACCUGUCUGAGCUAUAUUGCAUGCUCGAUAAUGCUCUAGAGACAUGCGCUGAAGGGGUCGUUGCAAGUCUGGAAAAAAAUCGAAGUCAGCCCCUGGACUAAAAAAAACACCAGGAGAACUAUGAAUUUAGCUCUUCUCUUGGUACGAAUCACUUAUACAAACACAGAUCACGCCAUUUUAAUAAUUCUCUACGUUAAAUGAAGAAGCAAAAUUUUUAUAUUAUUUAAACAAGCUUGAGCAAGCUAAAAAAGAAGACGAAGUCUUAUGCAUGAAACUUAUGCAGCUUUGGAGUGAAAUAUCUUCAGCAUCUCCAAGGCUAAAAAAAUUAAACAAUCAAAUCACAAAAAUCUGCAAAUCUUUAAGCAUUGUCCAGACUUUGUAUACCGAGUUGGUGGUAAAGUUUAAUAAAAGCGUUGAGCCAUAUGUCCUUUACGGGACAUUUUUGCAAUCAAUAAUGCUUGAAAGUGAUAAAUCCCAACAAUUAUUAAGUAAACAAGAGUCAUUAACCAAGCAGUAUUUUCAAAGUCAUCUAAAAGAGAUAAAUCAAUUUAAUUUUUACGACGAAAAAAACGGAAUUUUAUUAGUUUCAUGUGAAAAGGAAACACUAGGUGAAAUUCGGUAUGUAAAUGUAUCAGCUGCACAGACACUUCAUACUAAAAUAAAAGAUCUUGUUGGGAGUAAUUUUUCUAGCCUUUUUCCAUCACCUUUUGAUGUACAUAUAGUAAGAUGCUUAUAUAAACAUGCACAUUUGUCAACAAAUUCUGAGCUUCAAUUGCCUGCAACAUUGUUUAAGCUAUUUUAGACUAAGUUGAUGGAAAUAAUGGCAAUGCUGAAUAAUCUAGAGGCUCUGUGAGAUUGGAUAAAUGAAUAUAAUAGGGAUUAUAAAAAAUGCAAGCGGGUUUUUAAUUGAAGUUAAUAUAAAAAUUCUUCUGGUAGCUAUAGAAUUAUUAAAAUGGCGUGAUCUGACAUGGACUCCAGAUGACCCGUGAGUUGAUCCGGGCUCAGGAAAGACGAGCCACAUGGCGAUAGUUCUCCGGGGUGGUUUUUUGGCAUAGGGGCUGAUCCUAGUCUUUUUUCCUUACCUACGAGAUGACCCUACCGGCGCAAAGUCCCGAUACCACUCCAUGGGAGCAUUUCCGAGCCUGCAAUACGGCUCUGACAGGCCAUGGAGGGGGCAAAAGGCGAUUCCCCUAUACUCUGAGCCCUGUCAGAGGUUGAAGGAGUCUUUUGCUGAAUUUUGGAGACCAUUGGUUCUGUUCGGUAGGGUGUCUUCCCCGUUAGACCUUCACGUCACCAUUUUUUGGGGAUGUCAGAAGAGAAAAGGUGGUGUGAGGAUAGCGCUUAGCAUCACUGCGAAGCUAUCAAUUGGACGGCGAGGGGCUGAAAUAAGCCCCUACGACCCGCUAUAAUUUUAAUCUAAGCUAAUCUGGUAGCUAUAGACUGCUGACCAUUUCUUUUGAUGAUUUUUAAAGAAAAAAUAUCUAAAAGCCACUUUGCAGUUAUUUCUGAAAAAGGGAUAAUCCACGACUACAGCAUGAAUUUUGCUGAAUUUGUGAACCAUAAAGGAAUUUAUGGCACCAAAAUAAACAAAAUUCUACCGAAUAUUGAUAUAACCAAAAAUCCACCUUUUACACCUGCAUUUACAAAACUGCAUGGCGAAAACAUCGCUGUUAUAUGAGGAUAUAAAGAAAUUACAGAAUUUAAGAUGAAUUAUUUAGUGUUAAUAAAUGAUGACGAAGAAAUUUUGCAAUGAAUGAAAAGUUCAGAGUUUUAUGGCCGAGAAAAUCACAAAAAAAGGUUCAGUUUAAAGCAGGAAUUCGAUGAAGACGCAUCCAUAGCUAAAGUAUACCAUAAAUUAUUAUUUUCUAAAAACUUUAAUUGGCAAAGUCUUAUUUUUUGCCUCAAAAUAUGCCCUUCAUAUAUAUUUUAUAACCCAAAUAAUUCUAAUUAUAAUAAAUUUCAAUGAAGUGAUAGAUUACAGCCCAUGCCUAAAAUAUGGAGAUGUCAGUAUAAGUUAUGAAUCCAAUGACACUUUACUCAAAUCUGAAGAAGAAGACGAAACUACUACUAUCACCCAAGUCCCUGUAAAAAGGGAGCGUGAACGUGAACUAUCAUUAUACGAACUAUACAUAAAAAUGGUGACGACAGACCACCCGACCUCUCGACCCUAUUUCUUCAACAGCAGCAGGCAACGGCCCAGUGUUGAGGAUUUAGGUGGAAAGGGGCCGGUAAUCCUUUAUGUAUAGUCGGGCUGGUUUUCCUCGGGCCCAGGGAGCUAAUCCCUGGACUUAGAGUUUUUCCUCCGGUACAACAAUUGGAAAGGGCAAGGUCGGCCAAUGUCUGAUGGGCAAUAUGACCCUCAGACCCUGAAGACGGUAUUUGCCUAACGAGAAACUGGGAGUUUCGACCCAGGUGGUUGGCCCUCAGACUCCAGGAGCCAUGGAAGUCAAGACUGGUGCGCGAAGCCUCGUCUGCGGCGACGGGGAAGGGUGCCCGCCGGGAUCCCUCAGGGAUGAUGAGCGUGUAGGGGCGCAAAUCCCCGGCCCUUGCGAAAGCGAAUGGCAUAAUCUAAUCUAAUCUAAUCAUUAUACGAAAAAUCAUUAACUGGAACUGUACAAUCGCAAAGUUCAUUAAGCCUCAGCAGAAGUGCUUAUGGUGUACAAAUUUUGUUUACCUUAUCCAAAAAAAUUAAAAUCUUUAAUAUUUUCCUCAUUCUAUCAGUAACUUAUAUACAGAUUUUAGCCAUAAUUAUCACUAACAGUGCUGUACUUAUUUAUUCAGCCCAAGAAGUCGCCAACGCCAACAAUUUUGAUGCGCUAAUUUAUAUUUCUAAAAUCCAAAAUUCCUUUUGUGACCUAUCUGCUCAUGCUAGAGCUUUAUAUGCUGCAUAUUUUCUAGGUAGAAACGAAGCUGCAAUGGAUUUCCAGAUAACAAAUAUUGAAGAAAAUAUAAAUAUCCUAACUGAUAUCCAUUCAAAUUUAUUAUCAAAUCUAACUGAUUGGAAAACUUGUUCAAUUUAUGAGAUUUUCACUGAUAAUUUGGUUCCUGUAUGGACUGGGGAGAAUUUAGACGAGCUCCAAAAAAUAAAUUUGAUUGAUACAAUAUCACAGUUUAUAAAACAUGUAUUUUAUAAUUAGUCAGAAUCUAUUAUAUCUGCUUGAAACGACGGCAUAGUCCUCGUAAGCUCAAUAAGAUUCAUAGCUUUAAAUGGUAUGUCAGGGCCAUUUCACUACUGCAAAUCCUCGAUCUCAAGUCUAGUUUCUUGUGAGAAAAAUGAUAUAGAGUCACUUUCAGACAAAAUUGAUACUUUACUCGCGACUGGGCUUAUCAUGUUUUGUAUCUGCAUGCUUAUUCUGAUACCUUUUUCUUAUACAGUUGACACAAAAUUAAGUAACUUUUGAAACCAUAUAAAAGUGGCUACACAUGAGUCUUAUUCUGAGCUUAAACAUGCCUGUAUUAAUAGGCUAUCUAAUAUACAUGGAGCACUUGAAAUUAUCCCUCAUGAACAUACCAGUAAAUUGAGAGCUGGGCCAAGGGAUUUUAGAAAUUUGUGGAGAUAUAUAUGAAGAAUAGCGAUAUUAUUUGUGCUUGCGUUGGGGUUUUAUCUUAUUAUUAGGUUCGCGAUAUAUGAAAAAUGCAGCGAUUAUUUAACGGCUAGGCCUGAGUUUCUUACUCCCCCCUCGGUGAGCGAAUAAAAGCAUUGGAAUCGCUAUUUUUUGCCCAAAAACCCACCUGGUCAAGCACAUGCAGCAACCCCACACCCCCACCCCCCCUAAAAAAUGGUACCCCCACCCCCACCCCCCUUAAAAAAUGGCAACCCCACCCUCCUUUCACAGAUAGCACCCCCACUCCCUUAAUAUAGCAUAAAAUAUAUGACAAAUGCCAAUUUAGAGCAGGCGUAAUAAAUAAAUUAUUAUUUUAAAUAUAUUCAAAAUUACUACUGAUUUAUACAAUAUCCACAUAGCGUAGCACAAUCGAUUAAGGAGUAGAUGGAAUGAGGUGAGAAUUUCCUAUAACUAGUAAUCACACCAAAUCUGAAAAAAUUUGUUAGCAAGCAUAAUAAUGAUCUUUGGUAUUAAUUUAGCAGUAUAUACUGCAUAUAUUUAUAAACUUUGUGGAGCAAUGGCUAAAGAGGCGAAUUAGAGAUCUAAAAGUAAAACUGGCAAUAGCAAAUACUAUUUUUAUUAGCUCUAUUUGAAUCCUGUUACCAAUUCAGUCCUGCAAUCCUUGUACAAUGGUCAUCAGAUUAGCUUUAAUUUAUGAAUAAAUAAAUUUAAUGCAAGUUAUUGUAUUGUGCUUGGCUCAUUUAAUAAUUAAUGCCAGUAUCUAUAUCUUUUGACAUUAUAUUUAUAAAUAUAAAAAGCAAAUUUAAUAUAUUUUCUAAUUAAAUUGUUAAUUAAUUUAAAUUUAUUAAUUAAUCAUAAAUAUAAAGUAAUUUGUGAACUUAAUUUAUCAAUAUAGUGUUUAAAUUGGAUUAUAUUUAAAUUAUUCUUCUUGCUUCCUAUCAAUUACUUCUAUAGGAUAAACGCGAGAGGGGGGGGUGGGGCUGCAAUCUGUGAAAGGGGGGUGGGGGUACCAUUUUUAGGGGGGUUCCUUUAUUGGGGGGGUGGGGGUGUCUGGUUGCUACCUAUGCUUGACCACCCACCCUCUGAGAGCGAACAAAAAAUUUUUAUGAAAACAUUUUGAUAUAUAGGUGAUAAUUAGUAUAAAGAUAUCUCUAGCUAAUUCUGUUUAAUUUUAAGUAGCUUCAUUUUAAAACUAAAUUUUGCAAAUUAAAUUUAUAUUUGCUUUCAAAAUUUUUUGCAAAUUAGGAUUUUAUUUUUUUUAUAAAAUUUAUAUAUAUAAAUUUUUAUAAAAAAAUUAGGUCCUCAUAAGCGAACAAAAGUUUUUUAUUCGCUCAUGAGGGGGGUUAUGAUUUUUGCGAAUAGGAAAAUUUAUAUCACAAUUAUGUUUUUUUGGCAAGGAGAAGCUUGGCUGAAAAAUUCAUCAUCACAAGACUCACUCGAUCUUUUUCUGAAUAACCAUUAUGAGUUUAAUCAACAAUUUAUAGAAUAUCUUAAAGUCUAUAAAUUAGUAGAAAUAUCCAGUAAAAAAUUGCGUGACAAAAAAUUUUCUGAUUUUUUUUCUGGCGAAUUCACAAAAAAAUUAUUUGAAAGCCAUGAUUCAACAGAUCCAUAUAAUAAUUACGGAAUUUAUUCUGCAUAUUGGAUAGCUUUAUUUGAUGGGUUUUACUUCAUCGGGCAAGAUAAAUCUUCAUUAGUAACUUUAAAAAUGAUGAUGGAUGAGCAUAUAAAUCUAGAAUUAGGAUGGGAAGAUACAGUUGACUAUGCUAAUACUAAAUCCAAAGAAAUGAUAUCAGAUAAACUGAUCGAAAUGAUCAUAACGACGUGUUUAUAUUUUUUUGUGUCUAUUUCACUAUAUGCUAUGUUUUAUGUCCCCUAUCUAAAAUCUGAGCAAGAGAAAAUUAAAAAAAUGCGCAUGAUAGCAAGUUUAAUCCCUCUUCAGUCAUCUAUGGGUAGAAGGUCGUCGAUUACUAUUUAG